AUGCUUCCCGCAGCAGCCGCUGCGGGCUAUUCCUUUAUCAGAUACAAGUUUGCAUCUGCCAACUACUUUGAUACUAUUCACUGUGAAGGCCUAAGUAUGCCCCUCUGGGAGCUUAGAGAUGAAAUCAUAGCAGCCAAGAGGCUCGGCCGCCUUAUCGACUGUGAUAUCCACCUAUUUGAUGAACAGACAAAGGAAGAAUAUUUGGAUGACAACUAUUGCGUGCCCAGAAACUCGCUUGUCAUAGUAAAAAGGCUCCCAAAAUCCAUCAACACUACGUCUGCAAACAGAGGGCUUGGUGGCGGCCGAAUGCGGACCAUGGCUGUGAUGCAAGAAUCCGCCCAGUUCGGCAAUCCCAACCAAUCUCGCCAAAAUUUUCAAGUGCCGCUCAAUGAGCAGGCGGUCGAGCAGAAGCCUAUUCUUGGCACUGGGCUUUCUACCUUUUGGAAGAAGAAGCCCGUAUUCAGGCCAUGUCUAGGGCUACCUCGGAAAUGUUUACAAAACACUUGGACAUGCAGGAAAUUCUUGGAUUAUCCCAGUAUCGGUUCUCGCUUUAUUUUUGUAGGGCAGAGCGAUUUUCGACGAGAAAACCCCAACUCCAGCAAGCGUCAUCGACACACCAGCCUUCAGGAAGAAUUCCACAUCCCAAUUACAUCUGCUAUCGAUGCGGAUCAAAAGCUGCAGCCCAUGCAAAUGAUGAAGCGCGUAACGGGAAUCCCGAAGACAUUCUUGGAGCAGGCUAAGGAGGAGGAGGAGUCCCCCAAUGCCCGCCUGGAGACAAAAAAGCGGAUGAUUUCAUAUGACGGCUCCAUGGUCUACUUUGCGCCGAACACUCGCGAAUGGAACAAGUUUUCGUCAAUGGCUGCUGCGGAAUGCGAGGAGCCCUUUGUAGAGGCCGAUGACGACCCCGACCAUUAA